UAUUGGCCGAGAGCGGGCGCGGCAGCUGCGGCGUGGUUUACGAGGCAGUGGCCGGGCGCAGCGGGGCCCGGGUGGCGGUCAAGAAGAUCCGCUGCGACGCCCCCGAGAACGUGGAGCUGGCGCUGGCUGAAUUCUGGGCCCUGACCAGCCUAAAGCGGCGCCACCAGAACGUCGUGCAGUUUGAGGAGUGUGUUCUGCAGCGCAACGGGCUAGCCCAGCGCAUGAGUCACGGCAACAAGAACUCUCAGCUCUACUUGCGCCUGGUGGAGACCUCGCUGAAAGGAGAAAGGAUCCUGGGUUAUGCCGAGGAGCCCUGCUAUCUAUGGUUUGUAAUGGAGUUCUGUGAAGGUGGAGACCUGAAUCAGUACGUCCUGUCCCGGAGGCCGGACCCAGCCACCAACAAAAGCUUCAUGCUACAGCUCACGAGCGCCAUUGCCUUCCUGCACAAAAACCACAUCGUACACAGGGACCUAAAGCCAGACAACAUCCUCAUCACAGAGCGAUCUGGCACCCCCAUCCUCAAGGUGGCAGACUUUGGACUAAGCAAGGUCUGUGCUGGGCUGGCACACCGAGGCAAAGAGGGCAAUCAAGACAACAAAAAUGUGAAUGUGAAUAAAUACUGGCUGUCCUCGGCCUGCGGCUCAGACUUCUACAUGGCUCCCGAAGUCUGGGAGGGACACUACACAGCUAAGGCAGACAUCUUUGCCCUGGGCAUUAUCAUCUGGGCAAUGAUAGAAAGAAUCACUUUUAUUGACUCUGAGACCAAGAAGGAGCUCCUGGGGACCUAUAUUAAACAAGGGACAGAGAUCGUCCCUGUUGGCGAGGCGCUGCUAGAAAACCCAAAGAUGGAGUUGCACAUCCCCCAGAAACGCAGGACUUCCAUGUCUGAGGGGAUCAAGCAGCUCUUGAAAGAUAUGUUAGCUGCUAACCCACAGGACCGGCCCGAUGCCUUUGAACUUGAAACCAGAAUGGACCAGGUCACAUGUGCUGCUUAAAUUCA